AUGUCUUCCGAAGUGCUGCAAGAGGAAUUCGAGGUUCUGGAAUCUAUCUAUCCCGAUGAGCUCACGAAACUGUCGGAAAGACACAUCAAGAUCGACGUUGAACCGGAGGAACUGGAAGACGGCAUAGAGCCUAUCAGGCUCUCCUUGAAUGUCGAAUAUCCGGACGAGUAUCCUGAUGUACUGCCUGGGCUUUCUUUGGAGCACGAGGAGGACGUUUUAGAUGAGGCGGAGACAGAAAAGCUCUUGAGUGGGAUGAAGACUGUGGGAGAAGAAAACCUCGGCAUGGCCAUGACGUUCACAAUUGUCACAUUUCUCCGAGAGGAACUCUCAUCUCUGGUGGGAGAGAGAGCGGAGAAGAUAAAGAAGGAAGAGGCUGAAAAGGAGCGGCUGGCAAUAGAGGCCGAGGAGGCACGUACACGAGGUACACCUGUGACGCGUGAAUCUUUUCUGGAGUGGAAAGUCAAGUUUGAUCAAGAGAUGGCCGCGAAAAAGGCACGCGAAGAGGAGGAGAAGUUGAAGGCCUUAUCGCCUAAAGAGCGCGAUGAGUAUAAGCGCAUUGCUCAUCGGCCAACAGGUCGGCAACUAUUUGAGAAGAAUAAGGGGCUUGACGCGGAGGAUUCUAUGGUCGAGGACGGCGCAGUCUCUGUAGAUCUCAGCCAGUACGACCGCACGGCACGGUCAGACGAUGAGGACGAGCACAGAGACCGUGUUGAUUUCAGUGAUAGCGACUAA